CGGUACUAUUAUGGUCUGUCGGGAAUUCUGGAGGAGGGAGGGCAGUGAAGUGCAGCGAGAGGAGGGGGUACUAGCGCCCAUCAGGCUAACGGUAGGUAGCACUGGAGUAAACAUGGAGCUGUCCGCCGUCGGGGAGAGGGUCUUCGCGGCCGAGUCGAUCAUCAAGCGGAGGAUCAGGAAGGGUCGGAUUGAGUACCUGGUGAAAUGGAAAGGAUGGUCGCCCAAAUACAGCACUUGGGAGCCGGAGGAGAACAUUCUGGACUCCCGUUUGUUUGCCGCUUUCGAACAGAGAGAGCGUGAGCGAGAGCUGUAUGGGCCCAAGAAGAGGGGACCGAAACCAAAGACGUUUCUGCUUAAGGCGCAGGCUACGGGUAAAACCAAGUCGUACGAGUUCAGGAGCGAUGCCGUCCGAGGGAUGCACAUUACGUACCCAACCCCAGAGCCGGUCUUCACCCCCAGGGCCAGAGAAGGCCUGAGGGCUGUCGUUCCCACCAUCUUCCCACCGAGCGCUGUCAACCGUGGAGAAAGCAUGCGCGUGCGACCUUCUGAACUGAGUCUCCACGAGCACCAGCGACAACAAACUGAUUCAGACGGCACCGUCCAAACACCCAAAAAAAGGGGUCCGAAGCCAAAGCCCCGCUUUGUAGACGACGACUUCAGCCCGGUCAUCUCCGAGCCACACAAGAGAAGAAUGGAGGAGGAAGAGGAGGAGGAGGAGGAAGAAGAGGAUGAGGACGAGGAGGACGAGGAAGAAGAAGAAGAAGAGGAAGAAGAAGAAGAAGAGGAGAGACACAGUUCUCACAAACUGUCCAAGUUCCAAGGAGGUGGGGAGAUGAGGUUGCAGAAGCUGGCCCACAGACACUCAGAGAACCACAAACACCACCAUCACCACCACUAUUAUCAUCAUCAUCAUCACCACCACACACCGAAAGUCACCCGCGGGAGUUCCCACAAGCAGCUCCACUCUCACCGCAGCACGGAGCCGCACAGGACUAAAGACGGCUCCAGCUACCUGGUGGCGGCGCACUUCAAGCACCACCACAAAGCGAGCCGCGGCCGACCCACCGAGCUCCCACCGAUGGAGAAGCCUUACUUUCUGGACAGGCGGUCUCCGACCAGGUUUGACGACAGCCGCGACCAAACGGCCUGGAGGCCGUGCCUCAGCAACGUGGAGAAGGUGCUGGUGACGGACGUGACCGCCAACUUCCUGACCGUCACCAUCAAGGAGAGCAGCACCUCCAAGGGCUUCUUCAAGGACAAAAGAUGAUUCUGGAAGUUUCUGAGAUAUUUAGGCAAAGCGGUUUUUGUAUGUAAUGUAUAAAGGAGUAUGACAUAAUAACGUUCAUAUAUAUUAAAAAGUUGCAUAUAUUUAAUGUUUUGACCAAAUGAUAUGAGGUCCGUUUUACCUGCGGUGUUGGUGAAUGUGACGUUUCCUUUGCAGCAGAAUGCUGCUUUCUGUACAGAGCUCCGAAAUUUCACUAUUUUUUCACCUAAAAUCAGCUAGAAUGUAUUUUUUCCCCCCCUCAUAUCUUCCAAGCUGAGUUCAAAACAAAAAGAUGCCCAUGUCCUAUAUUUAAUCUAUUGCUUGAGCUGGUUAUUCCAACAGUAUAUAUGAAAAAAUAAACAAACUGGAGCACUUUGAAUACAGUAGUAUUAAAGAAAAAUUGUUUUGUUGUCCUAAAGAGUUUUGUAACAUCUUGUAUUUAAAAAAAAAAAAUCUUUUAAAUUAAACCCUUUUUUUGCCUUCAAGGCACAUUUAACAUUUUUUUCCCCAAGAAUAUACAUCAUUUUACAUUUUUCAUAGAUAUGUUUGCCGUAACAGAAAGUUUUCAGAUUGCUUUUUAGAUGCUUUUCAAUAAAUCAGUUGAGUUUCUGA